AUGUGGGGAUUUUCUCCACUGAAAACGGAUGAGAAAAUACAGAUGUUGCUAUUCAUUCAUGCAACGUUAUUGUAUCAUCUCACAUUAGCAGAAGAUUCUUACAAUCCGGUUACUGUUGAUUGUGACUGUAAUGUAAGUGGAACUUGCAGAUCAUUUGGUGAAAGAUGGGAGAUUGGUUGUAUUACGUAUAAAUGUCAGCGUGAUCAAGGCAACACUUGGAAGGCCGCGUUUGUAAAACUAGAAUGUAAAGAUGCAUAUGGUCAUUGUAGACAUAAUAAUGAGUAUAUGAGUGUGUUAAACCAUGGGGAAUUGUUUCAUCACUGUCUCUGUAAAGUGACCAGCUUUGGAAUCAGCAUAAACUGCGCUCAACAAACCGGAAAUGUCAACGUGUCUUAGAAAAAUACAUUUAGUCAAGGAAAGGAAAUGUUGAACACUACAAAACAUGAAACAAAAUAUAAAUAUACUAGUAUGCACUUUGCAAUAAUCAUUUGGUAUACAAUUUAAAAUAUAAUCUUUUGAAUCAAUGUGUUCACAUCUGUUGUUUGUAAUAAUACCAAUUUUGUAUAAAAAAAAACAACAACAAACGACAGGUCAGUUUGUAUCUACUGUUCGAGUAUCAUUUUCGUUAUCACUGAAGCAAAUAUUACAGUACAAUACCAUUGUUUAACAUUCAUGAUCAUUCUAUGUUACAAUCAAUGGAAAUGGAAG